AUUAAAUACUACUAUAUGUCCCAGAACUUCACUGAGCAGCAUAAGUUUUUUUUUUAUUAUUAUAUUGUUCGGAAAAUCUGUAUCAAACAUGUAGCUCUUCGUAUUACUGAGUGCCCUUUACAGCAAGUAACUAUCAGUUUGAGAAAGGUUGGUGACCCCUGCUGUGGAGCAAAGACAGCUACACUGCAAAACAAGUAAAGUUUUAUUGUGAAAGAGUAAGACAGGAAGUUAUGAUGAUAGCCGCUUUAACUGUGCUGGCAAGUACAGGAAAAAGUUCCCAGCCGUUCGUUAAUUGAUGUAAUUUUCUGUUAACCAAGUCUCAGCUUCCAUUUAUCAUAUUUUCUUAAAAAGAUCCAGGACCCUGAGCCAUGAGCCCAAACACAGCUCAGCUGAAUGACAGUCAUGUGGAAGAAGAGUUUAAGAUGGCAGUGGAGCUUUGUUUGGAGAGGUUUCAGUACAGUGAGCAGAAAGAACUUGAGUUUCCCUCCUGCUUCAGCGGUGCUGAGAGGGCCUAUAUUCAUCGAAUGGCUCAGUCCUUAGGUUAUAUUUCUAGAAGUAGAGAGAGGGGAUUGGAACGCUUCAUUACUGUUUGGAAGAAGCAGAGUGAAGGGAAAUCACUGACCACUGCUCCAAUCACAGUCUCUCACAAAUCUGUACAUUUAAUUGUUUCUCUCCUUGAGAAAUUUCCUGUCAGAUAUAGGGAGGAUACUGAUGGUCAGUUUAGUCCUGAAAAUUGCACAGUACCUGUACAGACUGACAACAGCCGGGAAAAAUUCAAACCAACAGGAUUUUUACACAACAGUACUCCCUUGGUGCCCAAUAAGAGGAGUCCGUCAGAACUGGAAAGCUUUCGAUGCUCCUUGCCGAUCCAUAAAUAUCAGGAUGAAAUUGUCAAUCUCAUAAAAACAAACAAAGUGGUGCUCGUGGUUGGAGAGAACGGCUCUGGGAAAACUACACAGAUUCCACAGUUCAUCCUGGACGACUGCUUUAACAGAGGUGAGACCUGCAGGAUGUUCUGUUCUCAGCCCAGACGUCUGGCUGUUAGUUCGGUGGCUGAGAGGGUGGCAGCAGAGAGGGGAGAGACUGUGGGCCAGACUGUGGGCUAUCAUAUCAGACUGGAAAACAGAAUUUCACCCAAGACACUUCUAACAUUUUGCACCCAUGGGGUUUUGCUGAGAACACUGAUGACUGGAGAUGCCAGCCUGAAAACUGUCACACAUGUCAUCCUGGAUGAUGUGGAUGACCGUGAUGAUAUGACAGACUUUCUGCUCACUAAGAUGCGAACUAUGCUUCAGAAGAUCCCAACACUGAAACUGAUCCUGUCCAGUGCAGCAGUGAAUGUAGACCUGUUACGUCAGUACUUUGGCACAUGCCAAGUUCUUAAUGUCACAGGAAGGCAGUUUGAAGUAAAGGAAAUUUUUCUGGAGGACAUUCUGAAGCUGACAUCCUUCAACCCCCCAGCCAUACAAAAACACAAGGAUGAAAAAAUGAGAAGGGAGAAGCAGUCAACAUGUUUCAUUGACUCUACUGAGGGAGUAAAGUAUGGUGGCAUUGACAGAAAACAGAACAGGACUGCCAAUGGAAAUACACUGGACAGAGAGAAUAGCACCACCACCAAGCAUACAAGCUUACCACCAAGCUUACAGACAGAGGUGACACCAGAGCAACUGAUGCAGGAGAUGGACUACUGCAUCUCCAACUGUUUCUUCAGUGAAGACCUGGAUUCUUUUAAUCAUCUGUUUGACCUCAUCUGUAAUAAAAAUGCUAACGUGGACUACAAACACAGUGACAUGGGAGCCACACCUCUGAUGGUAGCAGCCAGUCGGGGGCUCCUCAGUCAGAUAGAGCAGCUGCUCAAUAUGGGUGCUGAUGUCAACAUCAAGGCAACUAAUGGAUGGACGGCUUUGGAUUUUGCCAGAAGCUGCCAACAUCCAGAUGCAGUGGAUCUUCUCCAAGCCUCAUUUCCUUUGAGCGAGGUGAAUGUUUUUGAAGGGGAGUCUGGAGAGUCAGAGGUUUUUAGUGAAGACCAGGAGUUGGACCUCAUCAUGAAUCUUCUCCACUACAUUUGCUCCAACACCUGCGAGGGAGCAGUGCUAAUAUUUGUAGCCGAAUACUCUGAGAUACUGGCCCUAAGAUAUCGGAUUCUAUAUGAUGACCAAAGAUUUGCUGCCCACAGUGAGAGAUUCCAGGUGUUCGCUUUAUAUUCAGACACACAGACUGUGGAUCAGAAGACGGUCAUGGGUGCUUCAACGCCUGGAGUCAGAAGAAUUAUUCUUUCUACUAACAUUGCUGAGAGCAGCAUCACCAUUAGUGAUGUGGUGUUUGUUAUUGACACAGGAAAAGUCAAAGAGAUAUCUUUUGACAGUGUGAGUCAUCUUUCAGUUUUCAAGAAGGGUUGGAUUUCAAAAGCCAGUGCCCUGCAAAGGAAGGGAAGAGCCGGGCGCUGUAGACCAGGAAUCUGCUUCCAUCUCUUUAGUCUCUCCACCUUCAGCAACAUGGAAGAAUUUAAGGCAUCUCGACUGCUGCAGAUACCACUGCAGGGACUGUGUCUUCAGGCCAAAUUGCUGGUUCCCUCGUCCUGUUCAGUGGCUGACUUUCUGUCCAAGGCUCCCGAGCCUCCUCCAGCAGAUGCCAUCAGUAAAGCUGUGCAAAGGCUAAUGGUGAUAGAUGCUAUGGACCAGGAUGAAGAGCUGACUUUCUUAGGCUGUUACCUGGCUGAUGUAUCCAUCAAACCCCACCUGGGGAAGAUGGUGCUGUGCGCUGUGGUGCUCAAAUGUCUGGACCCAGUGCUAACCAUUGCAUGUAUACUAGCCUACCGAGACCCCUUCAUCCUUCCGACCGAGGGAACUCAGAGAAGAAAGGCCCUGCUCUGUCGCAAACAUUUCUCUUCCAGCAGCUUUAGUGAUCACAUGGCCCUGCUGAGAGCAUUUCAGGCCUGGCAGAGGGCUCGCCGUGAUGGAUGUGAGAGAUCGUUUUGUGAGAGGAACUUCCUGUCUCAGGCCACCAUGGAGAUGAUAUUUGACCUGAGAGUUCAGUUGCUGGGACAACUGCGUGCCAUUGGGUUUGUGCGACCUCGAGGAAGCAGCAAUAUCCAUGAAUUAAAUCAGAACUCGGAGAACUGGGCCGUCGUGAAGGCAGCUCUUGUGUGUGGCAUGUAUCCAAACAUGUUCUAUGUGGACCAAAAGACCUUGCAACCUUUGAGCCACACAGACAGAAAAAUCUACUUUCAUCCCACAUCAGUCCUCAACCUGUUCAAAGAGAUCAAGCCUGCAAAGUCUGCUGAGAUCUUGCCCACCAGCUGGUUCAUAUAUGAUGAGAUUUGUCGAGGAGAGAGGAGGUCCACCGUCCGCUGCUGCUCUUUGGUGACUUCCUUUACCGUGGCCAUAUUUGGAGGUCGUGCCAUGUUGCCUGGUUCUCCUCUACAGGAAUAUUCUAUACCCAGACCAGUUGGUCUGUCUUGUCCAGACAGUCAGCUGGAGGACAGUGACAGUGACACAGAGGACAUGGCUGAAAUCAAAGUAGACAAGAGUUUCUCCUUCCAGGCUAACACAGAAGCUGCAGGACUCUUGAACAAACUGAAGCAGAUGUGGCAGAGUUUAUUUAUCAAAAGGAUACGCUUUCCCUCAAGGUCAUAUACUCAAAGAGAAGAAGUUAUACUGCAGAUCCUGGUGUCGGUGUUAACUGAAGAGGAGCAGAGAGCUGGUCUGCAGCAGCCUUCUGGGAUUGGCCAACGGCCAUGGCCAAUGGCUGUAGGAGAUUUCCCUCAGACCUCUGUGAAAAACUCAGAGAGCAGCAGCCCUCAGACUGCAGCUGGCUCUGACCCGGACAGGGAAGCCUCAGGUUUGUUUCAGGCGAAAGCCUACAGCAGAGAUGUUGCUUCACUGUGUAGAGGUCAACUCUCUGCUGACCUGUGGAUGUCCUGCACUCUGACCCCCAGAAGUUCCCCCAAUAGCAGUCCACAGGAGACAAAACAGGGACUAGAAGCUGACCUGCAGGAACCCACAAGGAUCAGCUCCUGGAUCCUGUGAGAAACACUGACUCUCAGCCACCAGAGAGAGAUGUUUGACCAGCCUGUCAGUCUGCCACUCUGUCAACCACUAUAAAAUGUUUUACCUCUGUUAUCUUCUAGUUCGUUGGUUGGUAUUGACUGUGAUACAGAUAUGGACAUAUGGUGUUGUCCUGGGGGGG